CUACCAUAAAUCUGAAUUCUUCAUCACACUGCCAUGGUUCUCCUUCAUCUUAUCUGCAUCUCCUUUCCUUUGAUUUUUGCGCGUAUUCUGCGUGACUUUUUCAUCUUAUAAUUCAUUCAAUACUACACUCACUCGCUGGUGCCAUCUUUGAUUACUUUUGAUUUGUAAAUGAACACUCAGAAGCUUGAUUACCAAGAAAAUGUAGAACAGAACCUUGGGUUCAGUAGGGACUGCAAUUUUGAAUAUGUUGGUUUUCAACAGCCAUGGAACAUGGCUACUCCCAUGGUUGAUGGAACUGUUUCGCAUCACCCAAAAUCAUCAUCUUCCAGUACAAUUCUGGUUGGUUUUCAGACACCAGGUGCUGCCUUUUAUGCAACUGAAAGAUGUAUGGGGUUUCCACAGUACGGGUCAUCGUCUCAAGGAGCUGCCACUUCUUUUUGUUCUCAAUACAACAAGUUGUGCAAUUCUCAGCUUCCUUCAUUCCAUGCCUCUGGGGACAACUUUUCCAUCCAAUCACUAAUGAAAUCCCAGAUUUUUUGCAAUCAAUACGAGAAAUCUUCGGAUAAGUCCUGCACAACCACACAAGAUCCCUCGCAUGAUCUAAGUAACUUGCUUGGAACCAAUGCUGCCACCCUUCCCAAUCACUUUUCUGUUCCUUUCCGAGGAAAUCAAGAUCAAGGGGCUUAUUGUAAUUCACAUGGUUCUUCGCCUGCAAAACUAAGUUUCUUUCUACAAGAGAAGCAAUCAAGUCCCAGGAGCUUUUCGGUUUCUCCUAGUUCAACCGGCACGGUGCUCACUAGUAAAACUCGAAUAAGGUGGACACAAGAUCUCCACGACAAGUUCGUGGACUGUGUUAAACGCCUUGGGGGUGCUGAGAAAGCAACUCCAAAGGCAAUUCUGAAACUAAUGGAUACUGAAGGAUUGACCAUCUUCCAUGUGAAAAGCCAUUUGCAGAAAUACCGAAUUGCAAAAUACAUGCCAGACUCUGCUCAAGGAAAAUCAGAGAAAAGAAACGAUUUAACUCAGAUUGAUGUCAAAACUGGUUUGCACCUCACAGAGGCAUUGCAGCUUCAGUUGGAUGUUCAAAGACGUCUUCAUGAACAAUUAGAGAUUCAGCGAAAUCUACAGCUUCGAAUAGAAGAGCAAGGAAGGCAACUUAAGAUGAUGAUUGAUCAACAACAGAAAACUAGUGAAAGCCUCUUAAAAAACCAAGAUUUCAACAUCAAUCCAUUUGAUCCUUCAAUUAGCUUUCAAGAUGUUUUUGAAACUUCUAUUGCAGAAAGUUCAGGAACUGGUAACAUAUCAUCCAAGAUAAGUUAGAGAGCUUAGUCAGUUGCAUGUUAAAAGGUUGGCCCAAUUACAAGGCAUGUCAACAAAGCCCAGUUCUUCCUCAUAAAAACAAGACUAUCAAAACAAAAUGACUCUAACUAAAAACAUACAAAAUACAUAAAUGAGUUUCAAUCAUGAUUUGAGCCGCUUUAUGAGCUUUGGAUAUGUGAAUGUUUGUUGAACGAUUCAUGCACAUCAUCAAGCUCUUAUGAACGACAAUGACUAGUUAUAACUAUCAUACACUAGUCAAUGUAAUUCUCUCUUUUGAUAGCUAGUUUGUUUGCAAUAAAAAUUCAUUACUUUUUUAUUUCCUAUAA